GGGAGAGUGUGGAGCUUCCAGGACGGUGAAAGUAACCGUUUUACUGUAGGCCUAGAGGACUAUGGCCGAGUCCCAGCUUGUGUGUCUGGACGACGACCAUGUCAAUGAAAAAAUACCCGAGUCGAAACCAGGGUUUUAUUACAGCGAAGAACAGAGAGCUGCCUUAGAACAGCUGUUGAAAAGCGGUGAUGACGCGUUUAAAUCGCGCAUCAAAGUGGACAACAUUAAAGACUUUCUAUCCGCUCGGGAAAUUAAAUGGAUACGUCAAACAUUCAAGGAAUAUGAGGCGGAUAGUGAUUCGGAGACGUGCGACUCCAAGUCGCCGUCAAGUUCCAAUGCAGAUUCUGGCGUCCAUUCUACUUAUUGGCCACAGUUGUCGGAUGCAGCGGUCCCCUCGUUGGAUAUGGGAUGGCCGAACAGUGGAUACUAUAAAGGGGUAACACGGGCGUCAGUUUACACUCACCCCCCAAAAGACAAAAGCCCCCAUAUCAAAGAAGUGGUCCGGAGACUCAUUCAAGAGGCUAACAAGGUGGUGGCGGUGGUGAUGGACCACCUGACGGACCUCCUGAUCUUGCAGGACCUGCUGGACGCUGGCUCGCGGCGCGGGGUGGCCGUCUACAUCCUCCUGGAGGCCCAGGGCCUGCCCGACUUCCUGGACAUGGCAAGCCGCCUGCCGCUCUCGGCACUCAACCUACGGAACCUGCGUGUGAGGACAGUGGAGGGCUUUGGCUUUCCCCUGUCUUCAGGCCGACUCCCCGGCUCGCUGUGCUCCAAGUACAUGCUGGUGGACGGAGAGAAAGUCAUGUUUGGCUCCUACAGCUUCACAUGGACUUCUUCCCGCAUGGACCGCAACAUGAUCACGGUGAUGACCGGCCACGUGGUGGACUUCUACGACGGAGACUUCAGGGAGCUCUACGCCGUGUCCCAGGAAGUGGACUUGUACCGCGAGUUCCACAUCAACAAACCUCCGGUGGCGGCCCCCCUGCGCAAGACAGCGGACGACGUGCCCAGGAGCACCACCACCUCCACCUCUCGCUUCCAGGUGCCCGUCGGGGACCCCUCCAAGCCGGCCAACUUCAAGGUGCCGGUGCACAAGUACCACAACCCCAAGUACUCCCUGGUCUUCGGGAACAGUCUCGGGGGGAAGUUCGGGGGGUCCCUCCAGGACCUCUCCACCAUCAAGGACUCUGUGGAGGUGGACACGGCGGCCGUCAAGGCCCUGCAGAAGAAGUUCCAGCAGGCCAACAUGGCCAGCAACGAGAAUCUGAACCAGAACCAGGUUUCGUCAAGCGUCUCGCCAACGCCGUCGUCCGCCUCCACCUCCACCUUCGCCUCCACCUCCUCCUCGCAGCCGCCGGAAGGGGGAGAGAAGGCGGAGAAGGCCGAGCCCAGCGUGACCUCUCCCUUCGGCGGAAAGAAACAGCGCAGCUCCUUCAGGCAGUUCCUGAAAAACAAGAUGGGCAGCUCUUCGUCUUCGUCUCAGGUUCAAACGGACAGUGUCAGCAGCAGCAGAGGUGCAGCGACGACGACGACCAAUCAAAACGUAGACCCUCCCACCACGACAGCCGCGGUCAAACACACUAGUGAUGCAAUCACACCCAACCACACUGUAGCCAAUCACAAGACAGAAGAGAGGGUCGCCAAGGAGAGGGUCGGCAACCUAAUCAAGGACGGUCACCCUGCUAACCACUUAGACGGUAGAAAUCCUUACCCACACAAAGAUAGUAGGAUGCCAGAACACAAUCACAACUCCAACGCAAACCCUGCCGGUAAUCAAAUGGACGCCAACAAACAAGCCCAAUCAAGACCAGAAGCACGAUUAGCCCAUCCAGGCACCCACAACAGCGAAGCCGUCAAUCAAAGUAGUUUUGCCAGGACUAAUCACGUGCCACACUCCAAAAAGCCCGGUGCGAGCAGGGACGCGGCCUCUGCGGCGGCAGCUGCUCAUCACAACACAGCUGCUGACGUGAAAAGAAGAGAGCACGGCCACCACCACCACCACCACCUUCAGAACGGCCCUGGUGUCCCAGUGCCCAAUGGCCUUGCAGAAGAGGCCGAGGAUACCUUCGACAUGCACGCAAAACCUUCUCUCCUGAAGUUCCACCAUAAGAAGUCGUCCAAGCUCAGCCAAAGGACCAUGUCUCUUCAGUCCCUGAAUUCAAUCGAUGAGGACGGCUACAGAAGGAAACAUCACAAGAAGAACUGUAUUCAGUCUUGAACACGGAAAACUUAAGGCAUGGCAUCAAAUUACCUGUUGUAAUCCAUCCUGUCUUGUGAUCAGACUCCAAUGAUCUGGCUCCAAGGCCCAACUGUACAAUUGCUGCAUCACUCCCUAGGGCCCAGAUGGACCAUCAGCGGACCCCCACAAAGAUCCAACCAUAGACUGUAUCAUAAUGGACAACAAGAUUCCAUUUUAUUCUAUUUGUUUACAGUCUAUGCAUCAUCCUCAUCCCACCUCCUACUCCCUAUGCCAAGUGUGACUCCUUCUAAAGCCAGAUUCGGACGGGACUUUUAUUACCUAUGACCCCCGGUAAUUCGGAAUAAUUAUGGAGAAUGUCUGAGUUCUUAGUCCUGUGCGAAUGUGCCAUGUCCACGAUUUGUGAAGUAAUAAUUCCGCCGCGAAUUACCUACUGUAUUUCGACGAAACACAGGCGUCCUGGGGUAAUUUCACAUAGGCAGGCGCGCCGUCUGUACCCCCCUAUAAAGUCUGUGAAUUGAGUGAAAAGCAGACGUUUAUUAAUCCCGUCCGAAUGCGCCCCGAAAAAUCACGGAGGUCCGGGGGUAAUUGCGAAUUACCAGGGGUCCAUAGGUAAUAUUUAUCCCGUGCGAAUCGGGCUUUAGAGACCUCCUUCUCUUCCCCAACACCUCCACCACAACCCUCAGAACCAACGGUGUACUAUCAGCCCUACUACUGUAUAAUACUAUACCCCAGCAGUUGAUCUACUGAGACUGAUACUAUGUGUUGUGCUUUCUUUGCGAUUUGAAUGUGAGAUUAAGUAUGAGCUACGACUACCUUUCCGUGCUGCCGUUGACGGGCGCUGCAGGUAGGGCCCAGCAGCACUUUCUGCUGACACUAAAAACGGUGAUAUUGGACCAUAGCAACCAACCAAUCAAAUCCCCACACCACCCAGCCCCGCCACUGUCUGCUUGUCUUGAUUGGCUGAAAGGAUUUUGGCUGGCCCAGUGAAAUGCUUUCUGAUUUACAGGACCGUGUCUAAACACGAUUUUUAUUUUCUGAUACAUGAACGAAAUGGACAGAAGCUAGAGGGCUUGUUUUUUUUCGGAGAUUGAUUGGUGUUAAAAUAUGCACUGGAUUUGAUUGUUACUUUUAAACAAGUCAUGGCUGAGCAGGUAUUCUAGAUUUUUCUUUUUUUUGUGAUCAGAGUCUAGGGGAAUUGCUCUAUUGCUCUAAGGAGUUUUAAAGAGUUUACCCAGGUGUUUUUAAUACCAAGUGAUGUGUAGAUGCAAAGGCAUGUGCACAGUAAACACACAGUGUUUAUUCAACACCUAGAGAGUUAAUUUAACUGCUUCCAGAGUGAAUUUGGUCCUAGAGUACUCCCUAAGAGUUAAAUUAGCACUGUAGCUUUUACUGUGUGAAGCUGUGGAGGAAUUCAUAGCACACAUACUCUUUCAAACUUUUUUUCACAGCAUUCUUGUUACCAGGGUUUUCUCUGCAUCAUUCUUUUGCCUAUUGAAAUGUGUCAUUUCUGUUGUUUGAUGUACAUUGUUUUUUGUACACACUGUGACUGUAACACACGUGUACCCACUGAUUUUGUACUAAUACUAAAUUCCACUUGACAAAUGUUGUCUAAUGUUCCUGUAAUGACGUCCUAUACACACAGCAUUGUUUUAUGGAGGAAAUGCUCAAGUAUGAUUGGCAUUAACAGUUACUUUCUAUCAUUAGCUGGACUACUACUACGUAUGUGUGAGGUUGUCGUCGGGUCAGACUGUAAAAACUAGGGCAUGCAUGCUGCUUUAUACACAAGGUGGGAGAUCUCGGUGACCGUCAGCUGAGGCAUUGGUAAAGUGUGUGUGUGUGUGUGUGUGUGUGUGUGUGUGUGUGUGUGUGUGUGUGUGUGUGUGUGUGUGUGUGUGUGUGUGUGUGUGUGUGUGUGUGUGUGUGUGUGUGUGUGUGCAAGCGUGCAUGCUUGCGGGUAUGUGUAUGAGCAUAUGUACUGUACGCAUUUGCCAUACAAGGGUGUGACUGUUUUCCCUCCCAUGUUUGCUAAGGAUAAAGAUAGUAUGUGAAAUUGUUCUGUCACCAAAACAGACCUUUGUUCCUGCUAAUGUAAACUUGAUAAACAUUACAAGGUUCGAAGGAACCAGAGCCAUGCCCAUUCCCAAGUCAAAGCACACGUUAAAAGAAAAGUAGCUUUAUUUUGUUUUACUUGUUUAAAUUAAUGGUUUAGCUUUGGCAAUAGUACCUCUAAAUAUCCCUCACUUUCCGACUACUCCCACUGCCGUCUACUGUGAAUUUGAAAUAGCUGAUACACAGUAAGGCUUGCCGCUGCAUGUGAGAAGCACCACAGCUUGCAGGCUUUUCUCCCUGCACGUUUUUACUCAUCCUGCACGUGUGUUUUCAGUUCUCACACGUUAAGACACGUUAAGGUUUUUAUAUAUUUGCUGCUACCAGAAUGGCAACCACCAAGUCAUAGUGCAUUACUAAAGGCCCUGCGUUAUUUCAUUGUAGUGUAGCAGCACUAUGGUAGUAACUUUUAAAUUACUUUUACAGAGUUCUACUGGUGGAACGGCGUGCAUUA